CAACCUACAGUCGUUGCGUGGCAACGCUUGUAGCUACUGGGUGACGACGGCUUUCUGAUGUCUCUGAAUCUUCAUGAGAUAGUGGCGCGAGGCGACGUCGAGGUAUUGAAAGAGUCGAUUGAAGACGCAACCGACCUCUUGGAUUGCGACGCCGAGAACAGGACGGUCUUGGAUUUGGCGGCCAUUUUGGGACGUUCUGAAUGCCUCAGCGAGCUAAUUAAGCUCGGAGCCGAAGUAGAUCGUUGUACAGAGUCGGGGUAUACUGCUCUACACAGGGCCGCGUUGUGGGGACAUCUGGAUUGUGUUAGAGCUCUGGUUCAAGGAGGAGCCGAUAUUACAAAGAAGACGCGGCACAACGAGAGGGCUCAAGACUCAGCCGCUCGAUAUUGUCACGAUGAGUGUGUGCGAUAUCUCAAUCAGAUUGAAGCUUGGAAUGUGUUGAAGGCAUAUGUUGAAGAGCUGAGGAGUGUGCUGACAGAUACAGAAAGAAUCGCUGGGAAAUGGGGAAAGGAUGACAAGUCCAAGACAACGGCUGCAUGCAAUGAGAAGGCAACGUGGCUUGACAUGAACACGGAAGCUUCAUCCGCCGACGUCUACAAGCAAAUGGAUCUGCUAAAGACAUUCAUGCAACCAAUAAUGGCCAAACUAGAGCCACCAGAUGAAACGAAAGACAACUAG